GCCUCCCGCCGUUGACCCAGGCAAGUUUCUUGGCCUUAUUUUUUACAGAAAGAGAACUACGCUUUGUAAUUCUACAAGAAAAAACCGACCUAUGAAAUACACCUUUGACGAAAAGUUUGAGGGGCUACGGGCAGGCGUCGAUUUUUACGGUCCAUUUUAGAUCGAGCCUGGCGACUUUAGCCACCCUAUACUUCUGCCACCUAUUUCCGCAAAAAACUACGGUUUUCGCAUCGCCGUUGGCUCUUGGCACACCUCCCACCUACCUCCCACAGUCGCAAGAUCUGAAAAAUCCAACGAGGUAGGAAAAAUCGUCAAAUAUCAACUUUUACAUGGAAUGCCAAAAAUUGGAGUCCCGCGCGGGAAGACAAACGGGCUGUCAGCAGCGGCAAAAAUAAGUCGAAUAGCUUUGGGUUGGCAACGGCGGCAUACACCAGCGGGCUCGCGUCGGUAGUUCGUCCCCCAGCAACUUUUUACCUAGGUCCCGGUUGCGGUGCUUGUGGGCUUCAUUCGAUAUGUUUGUUUAAUUUAGAAAAAAUUAGCCCCAUAAAAUCACGGCGGAGGGCUGAAGAUGGGCACAGCUUGCAUAGACGACCUGCCGGACGUAGUGAUCGAAUACAUUUUUUGCUACCUGUCACCGUACAGAGACUUCAAAUCCUGCCAGCUAGUCAACAAAGCCUGGUAUGCUCACGCUCAAGAGGCAGUACGCAAGAUUCGAAGAGACUUCCUCAAUGCGGUGUCCAUGCAAAGUGUUGCAUGGAGUCGCAAGCCAAUGGAGCCAGGCCCAACCAUCUCCAAGCGGUACUCACACAGUGCCUGCAUACUGGGGGACUCCAUGUAUGUCUUUGGUGGCUGCACCACUGCCAACACAACCUUCAACGACCUCUGGCGACUUGACCUGGCUACCAGGCGCUGGAUACGACCUCUGACCAUGGGCACCUAUCCUCCGCCAAAGGCGUGUGCGUCACUUGUGGCCUACAAAGAAAACUUGCUCCUCUUCGGUGGCUGGACCCAUACGUCACCCUACCCGCUUCACCAAACAUGGCGCAUAUUCCGGCACCUGCACGUGUAUAACUCCACGGCCAAUCGGUGGACCCAAGUCAGCACAGUGGGGGGUUGCCCGUCGAUGGCUGGCCAUUCGGCCACCAUGCAGGGAACUCUGAUGGCGGUCUUUGGCGGCCUGCACUGCGUCAACCCCGUGGGACCCUUCUCCAGUUCUAACGAUGUGUGGGUGCUGGACCUUCAGACAUACAUGUGGUCCAAACAAAACACAACCACGCCCAAGCCCUGGCCUCGUUACGGGCACUCACAGAUUUCUCUGGAUGAGAAACACAUGCUCAUUGUUGGUGGCUGCGGUGGUCCUAACAUGCUCUUGAACGAUGUCUGGCUUUUGGAAAUUCCGGAUGAGCCCAACAGGUCUUGGAUAUGGAAAGAGGUCACCGUAACAAAUCGGGAAUGUGCAGCACCCCAACUGUCGUUUCAUCCUGCUUGCAAGGUGGGCGACCGUGUGGUGGUGCUGAGCAAGGCGCAGAGGGCGUAUGCCACGCCCUCGGGUCUGCACCCUGCAGGGAUGCUGCGCGUGCGACCCCCAUCACGUACCUGGGUGCCACCCCGACCCGACGCUCAGUCCAGGUCUCGACCGAGCUCCAGCCACCAGCAGCCGCAGCAGCGAGAGACGUGCGUGAAUGGGACGAGAGGCGUGCUCAAGAGGCCCCUGGAGGGCUCCUCCCCUAGUUCCCUUUCAUCGUCGGGGCCAUCCUCGUCCGGUGCUUGCCCCUCCGAUGCAGCUCGGGCAGGUACAUCCGCCGCCGGCAGUUCGAGCGGCGAGGAGGACGAGGAAGGGAGCGAGGGCGGUCCCAGUCGGCUGCCCAAGAAGACCGCCCUGUCAAGGGAAGAGGCGGGCUCGCGCCCCUCGGUCAAGCCCAACGCGCGACAGAACCGGCAGCGGCAGCUCGAGCUCCUGGAUCGGAUGGAGCAGCGACUCAAGGCUCUCAGGGCAGGAGACGUCCAGCGCGAGGUGCCCGCCCCGCUGCGACGGCGCCCAGCCACGGCGGCGUGCCCCAUGCGGCUGUAUGUGCUGGACGUGCGGCAGGCGGCCCGAGAGGCCCGGGCGGCCUGGCUGCCCCUGCAGCCCCACGGUGGAGGGGGCGCCACCUCCAUGGUGGAGGAGGUCAUCCUCUACUCCCUCGUGCUGGGGCGCGGGGAGCUGGUGCUCUUCGGUGGCAUUCAGAAAGACCUUGCAAACAGGCAGGAAGACACAGAUGCCAUGUCUGAAGUCGUCUCCAGCUCGCUACACUUCAUCACAUGCAAGAAGGAUGUCAUUUGAUGGAACUGGCAGCAUAACCAGUCGCCUUGUCAAGAUGGAGCCGUGCCUCAGCCCCAUGUUCCAAUUGAACGCUGCUCAAAUUUCUUUGGAAAGAGAAAUUCACAGGGAACUGCACUCAGGAUAUGUGCGCUCGUGACGACAGCGCAUGAAGCACGGGCUUUACGCUCCUAUUGCAAGAACGUUCAAUGCCCAGACACUUAGACGAUUUAAAAGGAACACUGGGCAGGACGUCACCAAAAUCUGCGUGGGAUAACGGCGUUCCUUUGCUCCCUGCAUGUUCUUCCCCGGUACGUUUUAUCUUGAGGAAACAUGCAAAAAUGCUCUACCUCGGACAAAUACUUCUUUUUCUCUCUCUGGAAAAAGUUACAGAAAAGCUAUCGACCAAAGUUUCUCUCGUGUUUAUUCCUUUUUAAUGGUUCUAAAAUGGUUCGCUGCCACUGAUGAAAAUUCUAUACACUAACUAGUAACUCAACAUAUUGCACGUUUGCUGUGUGCGUCGGUAUGCUGGAUGAGCGACAGAAUGAGCUGCCUUGUGCAGCUUGUUCCUUCACUAUUAGGACUUUGAGGUUGUAUUUCGGAAGACAAAGGUGAUGUCCUCUUCUGCUGCGGCCAAGUGUGGAUCCUGGAAAAAGAGCCACAGCAAGUGUUUUCCUUUUUGGACAGUUGUUUUUCUGUUAUGUGUGUGCGUGCUGAUUACUUUAUUCACUCUGUUUGAGCGUGUUGAGUGUUUUUGACAAGCAAUAGACGAGAAAAUAGAUCUGAUGAAGACACACUG